AUGGAUCCCCCGGCUGGGGGGCUUGACAUGCCCUUGCAGCCGCCACCGAUCGAGGAGCCCGCUUUUCCUUUCGAGAGCGAGCUGGCGGAGGAUGAAAGAAAGAGAUGGUUGGUUCUGCACGUGGCACUGCCACGCACCAUCAUGACCUGCGACAUGGCCCUGGGAAGAAGCACAGAGGACGAGCUGAACGAUGCUCUAUCUAGCUUGGCUUGGGGGUCUGUCGACGAAGAAUCAGGUGAAUGGACCCUGGAGUCUCCGGAUCCAUCCCUUGAGCCUCCGCACUCCUCGCUGAUCACGUACUCAGAGUAUGUCGCGCGAGCAUAUCCAGCUGAUCCGACCAUGGAGGACAAGGCGCGGGAAGAGAACCUCAAGCUGGGUGCCGGCAAGCGAUGUUGCUUCACCUGCCCCGGGGAGCCCGGCACAAAGUUCCGGCCCAUGUAUGAUCAGAUGAUCAAGAACCUUCAGCACUCCAACAAGGCCCUUGCCAAAGCCUUCGGCAUCAAAAAGGUGUCAUUGAAGGAGGACGAGGUUCCUGAGGAUCCUACAAAAACGGAGGCGCAAAACAUCAUGCGGUUCGGGCGACACCAGAUUCUUCCGUCCUUUUGGUACUUAUUGAUUCAGCUGACAAAGCGCGGCAGACGUUUCUCAGUCGUCUUCCGCUCCUUCAGCGAAGACCAGCUCGUUCAGGCACAGAAGGAGCUGCAGCUGUUCGCACAGUGCCAGCACCCAGCCUACAACGGUCAGAACAAGACCCAGAAGCCUCCUCUGAUGGACGGCAACAAGGGAUCCAGAGACAUGCGCUUGUCGCAAGCAGCGAUUGGACGCAUGGAUCGGAUGGGUGGCUUCCUCCGCUUCAGGGACCGUCCUGUAGAGUUGGCAGAGCCGGCGCCGGCCGAGUCAGCGGAGCCACAGGCAGACUUGCCGGAAUCGGCUUUCAGGCCUACGGAGUACACGUUUCCACCGUACCACGAAGCGUACGCCGGUCUGAUGCACCAGAUUCUACAAACAACAAACACAGCUGCGAUCGUGGAUGAUCUCGCGUUUUGGGAGACCCACGAACGCGUAAGCACAGCUGGGAAGAUGCUUCUGAUAGAUCGUGCCGAGACCAAGGCCCGCCGCAUGCUGCUUACAAGCGAAGAGAUGCUUGUGCCCAGACUCAUAUUCCCAAGAGAGAUAUGCCGACUGCCUUGA